AUGUCAACCCCUUCCCGCGCUCAAGUCCCUCGUCGAGGGAACCCAUCACCCAACAGUGUUCAUCAGAGCACUAAAUACUCAGAGCAGACGAACGCUUGGCUUCGAGAGGGCCAAAACGAUAUGCCCUGGAACAACAUUGAUUCGGUUGAAAUGUCUAGCAAUGACAACUCUGAGUCCAACCCAAACACUACCGCUUCCCACAAUCCCGCCGCUCAGGGCAGUGCCAAGCAAGCGUUAAGUCAUCCUCAUAGGCCACACUACUUCGUCCAUCAACGUCCCACUCAAAGCCCUCAGCGCAGUAGUCGACAUGGCCACGACUUGACUCGGGCCCCAGAACUCGAACGACAGCACAAGAGACACACAAGAUGCAUGGUUGCAUACAGUAGAACACAAGAUCUCUGUAUUGGCGUGCUCAAUGUAGACCUUGCUAGUUCAAACUGGUGA